AAAGGGGGAAAAUCCCCGGAUGACCCAUAGCGGAAGUCUCCGUCAAGAAGGCUUAGAAGAGUGUUAGCUGGGAAUGUUUUCCGGAGUAUCCCCGGUGUUUUACGGUAUUAACAUAAUCAGUCUGUGUUCUUCAGUUACUGCGUGCUAGAGAGUGCAAUCACAGUGGGAGUGACUGUUGUGGACGACCUACCUAUGUAGCAUUUUAGAGCAUAUCCCCCGCCUAUGAAGGGCGGCUCAAAUGUCUCGAGGUAAAUACCACCGCAACUGUCAGGAAGGGCAACGUAACAUGAGAGUACAAACCAUGUAUUCCCGUAAGUGAUUACUUUGACUGUAGAAAUUAAAUGAGUCACUCGUCGUUGGUUAAAUUUAGUCUUGUAACAUUAUGAGUUCUAAUCUAUAAAACAGUGGGACCUUAUCUCUAGCUGCACUUCCGCGUUGUCGGCUACAAGUGGGUCAACACCAACGACGUUAGAAAAGACUUGUUUUUAGAGAAGACAGCGAGGGGGUAUAGUAACAUCAGGUUACUUUACAGCCCUUGGUUCGUCGCAGGGCAUGAAGAGGAAAACGAAAGUCAUGGGUGCAAGUCAUAGCUAUGGUACUGCGAGUUCAAAGGCUGGCACAAGCUGCGUUGUAGCACAGCAGGCAACCUCGUCCUCGGCUCAAGAGUUCUUCCCUGUUCCUCUGGAGAUCCUGGAGGAAAUCUUCCUACAUGUUCCGGCCGGCCAGGUGGUUCGUGUUUGUCGGUUGGUGUGCUCACAGUGGAAAGAAGUGGCUGACAGUGAAUCUUUAUGGAGAGUAAGAUGUAGAAGAGAAGGAUACAACCUUCGUGAUUCUUCCAAAACACCUGAAGACUGGAGGUUAUUUUACUUCUUAUGCAAGAAAAGAAGAAAUCUCCUCAAGAAUACAAGAGGAGAAGAAAACAUGACAGGUUGGACGAUAAAGAAUGGUGGUGAUGGGUGGAACCUAGAGGACGUUAUGGUGCCACAUCCAAAUGAAGUAGUCAAGAAAAACUUUGUGACCUCUUAUGGAAUGUGCACAAAGGAGCAGCUGAUUGAUUUGGAGAAGGAAGGCUACAGCCCAGUCUUUAUGGAUAACCUCCAACCACACAUCAAAAUAUCUGAUUGGUAUGCACCACGAUGGGAUUGUGGAUGUGAGUAUUCAAUCUUUGUUGCAUUGCUGAACGCAAAGCAGAAGGUUAUCCAGUCCUUUACUCCCAAAACUGUUUUCUUUGAUCAGUGGAAUGAUCAGGAGUGGAAUCAGAUGAUCCAUGUAUUCCGGGACUAUGGACCAGGAGUGAGAUACAUUCAUUUUAGGCAUGGUGGCAAGGACACACAGUUCUGGGCUGGAUGGUAUGGAAUACGUGUCACAGACAGCAGCGUUGAAAUAUGUCCAGCAGUGAACACAUAGCUUGUUGGAAUUUGUCCAGUUCUUACAUCCUGUGUUGCCUGCAAUUGCACAUUAUCUUCUUACAUCUCACUGACCAUCUAUUCAUGUUUCCAGAGCUAUAAUCUCUGUAUGUGCACAAGUUUUCCAGUAAAAAGACAUUUUCUUUAAUGUUUCACACCGAACACCUUAAAUAAACAAAAAUGUGUUCACUUGCUUUCUGUGAUUGUCAUUGUGAUGUCAAUACUGAAGAUUACUGAGUAUUUUUUAAUUUGACAGGCUAAGUACUAUUUCAUGUACAAAUACAUCUCAAAGUUUACCCAAAUUCAAAAUAAAAUGAUCACUACUUUGUAGCUGGAUUUCAGAUUUUCAUGAGCCCAUCCAUACAUCCAUUCUCUUCCACUUCCCCUCUACUUUUCAUGAGCCAAUAUUUAUCAACAUUAAAACAAAAAAUGUUUGGAAAAAUUUACUUUGUGUAAUGAUUUGUGAGAUGCAUUUGUAUAAUUUGAUUAAAUUAAACAUUUUGUGUUCUCCUGUAAAUUUGUUCAAUUUUUAUCUGGAAAAUUUCAGGUAUUUGUGAGAACAGCUACUGCUUCAGACAUAAGAACCCCUUCAGUUUCAUUGAACAAAUAAUAUGCAAGUAUGAUUUAUAUUUGUAUUCUGCUGUUGAUAUAGGAUGAAUGAGUAUUCAGUGAUUUAUUGUGCACCUUGACUUGUUUGUCUGGAAGCCAGCAUGUGACUUAAUCCAUAUUUGCCUUACACAUACUUGCCUUUACUUUCCAUUUUGUAGUGCGAGAACUGGAUAUAAUUAUGUAAGCUUAAAUAUUAACACAUACUUCAGAGGGAAACUUGAAAGCCAUAUACUGUAUAGCACUGUGUGAAAUUUGAAAACAAAAAUUAAAGUGUAUUGUUUU